AUGGCGGAUCGCUUCUUUCCGAACGAAAUGCCACGCUUUGUGGCAGAGGCGGCAGAGACCACACUUCAAGAAUCUGCCACCGACUCACUCACCACCCUCCUCUCUCUUCCUUUCCAAACUCUCAUCGCCAAACUUCAAGCUUCAGCUCUCCAACUCAAGCAAUCGGUUGUAAAGGAGACAUGGGGUUCAAGUGAGAGGCAUGCAAGGGACUAUACCCUUUACACUGGGGCUCUUGGGACAGCAUUCUUGGUUUUCAGGGCUUAUCAAGUCACCAAGAAUGGCAUUGAUCUUAGCUUAUGCUCUGAUAUUGUUAAGGCUUGUGAUUCUGCUUCAGAAGAUUCUAGCCGUGUGACAUUCAUCUGUGGCCGUGCUGGUGUUUGUGCUCUUGGUGCUGUCAUAGCUAAGCAUGCUGGUGAUGAAAAAAUGCUUAACUAUUACCUAAGACAAUUCAAAAAGAUCAGGAUACCUCGUGAUUCGCCGCAUGAACUGUUGUAUGGACGAGCAGGUUACUUAUGGGCUUGCUCAUUCUUAAACAGGCAUAUUGGUAAAGACACAAUACCUACUAUGCAAAUGAGACCGGUUGUCGAUGAAGUUAUGACAGCUGGUAGACAAAUGGGUCACAAGGGAAGAUGUCCUUUGAUGUAUGAAUGGCAUGGGAAAAAAUACUGGGGUGCUGCCCAUGGGCUUGCGGGAAUUAUGAAUGUUUUGAUGGACAUGGAACUUAAGCCAGAUGAGGUGGAAGAUGUCAAGGGUACGCUACACUACAUGAUCAAGAAUCGUUUCCCUAGUGGCAAUUAUCCUUCAAGUGAAGGAAGUGAAAAUGACCGGCUAGUGCAUUGGUGUCAUGGUGCUCCCGGAGUCACUCUUACUCUUGUAAAGGCAGCUGAGGUUUAUGGGGAUAAGGAAUUCUUGCAAGCAGCUACAGAGGCAGGGGAAGUAGUAUGGAAGAGGGGACUUCUCAAGCGAGUCGGCAUCUGUCACGGCAUCAGCGGGAAUGCCUAUGUCUUUCUUUCCCUCUAUAGAUUGACAGGGAAUGCGGAGUACUUAUACAUGGCCAAAGCAUUUGCUUGCUUUCUUCUUGAUAGAGCAGAAAGAUUGACCUCAGAAGGGAAGAUGCAUGGUGGAGAUCGACCUUAUUCGUUGUUUGAAGGUCUUGGAGGAAUGGCAUGCACAUUCCUAGACAUGAAUGAUCCAAAAGCUGCAAAGUUCCCAGGUUAUGAACUUUGAGGGAAAAUGCUAUGAUGUACAGAUAAAAACUUGUUUUAUCAUGCACCAAGUUAAUUCAGUGUUAUGUAUCUGAACUAUGAGUAGUAGUAGUUCAUACUUCAUACACAUUAGAGAGUUAACUCAGCAUCAUAUACUAAGUCCAACACUCCAAUUAGUUGUAUUUUAGAUGUUUCCAGAACUUUUGAGUCAUUACAUAAAAGAGAAGAUGCUUUUGUUUACUGUAAAUAAAUGAAGUGCUUUUGAUGUUGAUGAUGAAUAAUGAUGUAGCCUAAAGAUAUUUUUGUAAAUAUGAGAGAAAGUAAAAUGGAAACUCCAGUAUUAUGAUACUAAGUGCACUUCAUGUA